GCACUGAUGCUUGUAGUUUUACCAAGAAGGAGAUACCGCAUCCUGAACUUGCGCCAUAGUGUAGCCCUACAACUGCCAGCCGGGGACAACUUUUGUAUCUUUUACAGUUUUGUGCAACUGAAUGAAAGAAGUGUGUUACUGAGAACUCCCAUUGUUGGAUUACGUCUUGUAAGAACCAGAGAAAUAUGGAGUCCACACCCGUCAUUUACAACAGACUAAUUUCAGACCAGAGCACUGUCUCUGCUGACUCGGAGUUGUCCUUGGAGGACUAUCAGAAUGAUAUCUUCGAACAGCUGCCCAGUGCACAGAGAAGGCUGCAAAACAAGGAUCAGGCACAGGAAGAUGAGGUUCACUGGAAUCCCAAUCAACCCCUGAAGAUGCUGCCCCUGUGUAUACAGGAGAAAAGGACCCUCAGGGAUAGAAAACAAUUAGAGAGGCAAAGAAUUGGUUACUGGGCAUCAUGGAAGAGGAGUCAAGAAAUUGCAAGACGGCGAUUGAGAGAGCAGAUGAGGAGGGCUGUUUCAGGAUUGCUGCUGUGGAAAACCACCCUCCAUAACAUUGAAGGGAGAUUUGGUGUGGGAGUGAAGGCGUACUUUGUGUUCCUUCGGUACUUGUUGUUUUUAAACUUUCUGAACUGUGGCAUCAUCGGUGGUUCUGUGCUAAGUCCCUCUCUCUACAACAGGACUAAAAGCGUUCACGCUUCCUUGUCCAAAAUCUUCAGCGAGAAUGCUUCAGUUUUGGAUAUUUUUCUGGGCACAGGCUUUAUGGAACAUUCUCCAGUUUUCUAUGGUUUCUACAUAAAGCGCAACUUACACUCAGAUUGUCUGAACACAGCUCUCCUCUUUUUCUUUGGCAUGCUCACCAUACUCCUCCUCAAUCUCAUCAUGAUAGUGCGCAGGAUGGUGGUGGGUUAUAAGAACACAUGGCUGACUGGCAUUACUUUCAAUGCGAAUAUGAGCUAUAAGGUCUUCUGUGGAUGGGAUUUCUGCAUCCGGGAGCCUGAAGUGGCCUGCCUUAAACACAACCUAAUUAAGAAUGAACUGAAGAUGGACCUUGAAGAGCAGAAGUUUCGUCAGAAAGUCUCUGGGCGUUCACUAAAGCAGUGGAUUGUCCUGUACAUCCUGCGCGUUGUUCUCAACUUUGUGGUGUUAGUUCUUCUGGGUGGCUCCAUCUUUCUGAUCUAUUAUGCCACCAAUACAUUGCCUUCUGUGCAGACUUCAGCUACACUGAAUCUCCUGAGUGGCUACCUUUCUCCCAUUACAAUCACAUUAGUCAAUUUUGUGAUGCCACACUUUUUUUCUGCAAUCACAGCGUAUGAAGACUACUCCCUCACUACACAGCUUAAUGUCACCUUAGCUCGGAGUAUUGUGCUGAAACUGGGAAGCUUAGCCAUCUACCUCAUCUUCCUGUAUAGAAAAAAAUAUGAAACCAUGUGUGUGGCUACUGAGUUUGGAAAGGAAAUGUAUAAGCUCACUAUAUUUCAACUCUUGGCAUCUUUCUGCAAUACGUUCUUGGUGGCAUAUCCUAGAAAGCUGUUGGUGGAGAAAUGUUUAUCCUCUAAUUUUUUAAGGAGAGUGGGCAAGCAGCAGUUUGUGAUCCAAAUGAACGUGUUAGAUCUGGUGUACAGUCAGACAGUCACAUGGGUGGGAGUUUUUUAUUGUCCUCUCCUGCCAGCCAUCAGCAUUUGUAAGCUUGUGGCAAUCUUCUACAUCAGCAAAUUCAAUCUGUUGCGAUGCUGCGACCCGGCUCGUAAAAUGUUCAGAACCACCAGUUCUUCGGUUCUGUUUCAUUUCAUGCUCUUGCUGGGCCUCAUCAUGUCCGCCAUCAAUCUUGGUUUCAACAGUGAACUGAACAAGUCUGAUUCCAAAUGUGGCCCCUUUCAAGGGAACAGGACUUUGCAUGAAGUGACGAGUAAAUGUGUUAACACACUCCCAUAUGCUGCAAAAGAAGGCAUACGUUACAUGACAUCUGAAGCUUUUGCAUUCGUGAUCAUAUUAACAGAGAUUAUCGUCUUGACGUCUUAUGUGUCUCGUGGACGAAGCAAUCAGAAGACCAUGGAGAGGCUCAAGGACAUGCUUGUUAUGUGUAGCUCAGACAAGCGUUAUCUGGUGAAGCAUCAUGCCACAUUGCUCAGGCGAAAGAAGACCACCAAGCGCUCUGCAAAAGCAGCUGUACAGCAGUGAAAGUGUUCAUCAGGACCAGAGAGCAUAACUCUCACCUCUCUACUGCUUAUUCUACACCAAUAUGGGCCUUGGGGCUAUAAUGCAAUAUUCAAACACUGUCUACAAGACACAUGCAACAGAAUAAGCUAGACUCUGCUUCUAUAAAAGAAAGUAAUAUUGUCCAGUAUUCAUGCUUAAGCAACCCAUUCGACACUCUCUUGAAUGUUUUGUUUUCCAAAAACUUGCUAUUUAGCCAGACUCAAAAAUGCCAAUGAGGAACAUAUACCAUUUAGCAAUUUACAAAUGUGCCAAAUGUGCUGGCUUUAGUAGUCUUUCUGCAAAUGCCAUAAGUAUUCUGGAAGCCUAAUGCUGUUUUCAUGACUCUUACCUGUGUGCUAACCUAGGCAGCGGAAUGUUUUCACCAUUAGCUUUCCAUAUUUGAUUUUGUAGUGUAAUAUUUAUUUAUAUAGUUUUAUAUUUGAUAUAGCAAAAAUAAUUUUUUUAAAAUUCUUUUUAAAUGUUGAACAUCUUAAUAAUAGAUAAGGAAAAAAUAUUUCAGCCAUACUAUUAUGAAAAUGCAACCAUGAGAAAAACAUAGUUACAUGAAGUACCACAGUAAACCUAUAGCUGAAUUAUUCAUAUAUUUAAUAAAGUAUUUUGGUAUAGCAAACACAGGUUUUAUGAACUAGUACAGUAAAAUUGUGGUAGUGUCAUAUUUAGAGUUAAACUAGUAGUUACGUUAGUCAAAUCAUCAGUGAAACCUCACAAAGGAUUUGACAUUUCUUUAGCCGUUUAAGAAACUGAACAAAAGAAUGAGGGGUUUUUUCUGACUCAUGGAGUCCGACUCUUAAAAUGUGAGCAUAAUUCGGCACACAAAACAAUAGUACUCAAGCUUGAACCUGUAGCCUAAUGCCAACUAAAGGCAGUGUGACAGGUGGAAAAAUUGUGCAAAUGACAAUAUUUACAACUGUAUAAAUAUAUCCCUGUGGGUGUGAAUUAUAUUAAUGUGUCUCUGACGAUGUGCAAAAAUGCUGUGAAUAUUAAAUAUGAAA